UAUACGAGCUGUUAUCUUCACCGUCCGAACGGCCCGCCCCUCCUCAACCGCAGCUACAGCCGUGCACAGCUAUCUGCACCCCUCCUAUACCCACGAUGUCCUGGUUCCAGAAGAAGAUCACUCUUCCAAGCCGUUCGCGCGGAUCAUAUUUGAUCACAGACCAUAUAGUAUCUGAAAUUCCGGAGAUUUCCUCGUACAAGACUGGCCUUCUGAACCUCUUCAUCCAGCAUACGAGUUGCGCGUUGAGCUUGAACGAGAACUGGGAUGCGGAUGUGCGAGCGGAUAUGAGUGACGCCCUGGAUAGGAUUGCACCCGAAGAUUGGAAGGGAACUCUGUACCGCCAUAGCGCAGAGGGGCCAGAUGACAUGCCUGCGCACGUCAAAUCUGCUCUUAUCGGUGCAUCCGUAACAAUUCCAAUUACGGACGGGCGUUUGGCUACAGGAACAUGGCAGGGGAUAUGGUAUCUUGAGUUCCGGACCAGUAAACACACCAGGAAUGUUGUGGCUACGAUACAGGGGGAAAAGAAAUGA